AGGCAUGCGCAAUCGAUAGCCAUCUGCGAGGAAAAAACGGGAAAGGAGAGCGACACGAAAGUUUGGCAAACGCGUUAAUUGCUAUCAGAAAAAGAUUUUAAAUAGUUUUAAGGACCUUCCGGUAGUGUUGGUAGAUAUUGAAGAGAUAUGUGAGCCGUGUGUCAAACAUGGUGGAGUCCAGCUGAGCGAAGAAAAAGAUUGUUUUGAAGACAUGAGCCUCAAACCACUACAUAUCAGCGUGUAAGAGGCAAUCACCAUGUCAACGCAGUUCACCAUUGAUGAUGCCUUUGUGCUGGAUGGCGAUGAGGAGGGUACCAUGUCUGACGUAGAGACGGCGGAAAGGAAGGGUCGGGACAGAGACGGAGAACUGACAUUCGGGCCACUGACUUUCUCCAAACCUCAGCCUCAGCCUCAUCCCUCGCCGGCUUUGUCCGCCUCGCCUGAGCAUAGCAACCUGAAGUAUCAGAAUCUGGAAAAUGAAGACCCCCUUGGAAACAGUGGCAACUCCUCUUUUAAUAACUUCUUCAAAAUCAGCGAUCCCUCCACUCUAUCUUACUGCAGCUCUCAGUGGUCCUUCAGCACCUUGAGUUCCGUCACGCAGCUGUCAGCACACUGCUGCGGGUGGGUGUCGCAUCCGCUUGUGAAGAAAAACAGAAAAGUUGUUCUCGCUUCCUUCCUUCUGCUGAUCACUGGAGUUGCGCUUAUUUUCACUGGUGUUGUCAUACAUCUCAAUCCAAAUGCAGGUGUUUCAAGUGCUAUUUUCUUUAUCCCUGGAUUUCUUCUCUUCAUCCCUGGAGUGUAUCAUGUGAUCUACAUCAGCUGUGCUGUCCGUGGACGAAGAGGCUUCAAAUUGUUCUACUUGCCUUAUUUUGAAAAAUAAUCACCAAACACUACAUUUAACACAUUUGUCUGUUGUCAGUGCAACCGACAUACAGUAUUGCUGUUUUUAUGACCACUGUCAAGUCAACCACUCAGUCCCUUUGGCUGUCCCUACUACAUGAACUUACCUGUGUACGUCCAUGGACAUAUUUUAGAUGUUUUUGUGCUAUGUGAAUACUGA